AUGUCGCCCUUGCUGGGCGGACACCUGCACUUGGCGCGCGAUAGUCACAUCGUGGAGGAGGAGGAGAUUGUGACACCAUUGGUGCGCCUCUCCAAGGGAGCCUCGCCCUCCAAAACGUUGGGCCUGGAGCUGGGCGACUUCAUCCGUGCCCCCAGCUCCAGCCACUGUCUGCGCCGGAGCGUGGGCAGCACUUCCCUGGUCUUCACGGCCUCCGGCAGGUCCCAAAGCCCGGGUCUGCAGCACGUGCUCCGCCCUGCCCCCGGGGGCCCCGGGGGCGCCGGGCCCGGCUCCCCUCGCGGCACCGCCGGCCCCGCCUCGCCACGACUCUCGCAGCGCGGACGGCCCGGCGGCAGCGUGACGCUGCACCGGCCUUCGCCGUCUCCGCACUUUUGGCAACCGUGGAGCGCCAGAGAAGUGAAAUCGCCUGUUGCAGGCGCAUCCUCCCCACGUGUCGAAGCGAAGCACUCGCCCGGGCGAAGCGCGACCUUGCGAGGGCGAUCCCCAAGAUCUCCCACCACAGCGGGGCAUUCCCCAAAAUCUUCACCCUCCCCGGACACCUCGCGCUCCCCCAGCGCCGGCCCGGGUUUUUCGGGGGCGCGGCGCCCCGUGGUGGCGGCUGGGCGUCGGAGUCGGGGCUUGGGGAGUCCAAGGGCAGCGUCGCCCUUCAAUCCUCACACGGACUAUGACAUCCACUUGGACUUGCCAAGCGGUGCAUGGUACCGCUUCGAGACCAGAGUCGGCGUUGCAGAUGAGUCUAAAUGGCCCGUCAACGCACGAGCCAAGUUUCAGAUAAUCGAGGAUGACAAAACGCUGCUUUGGGAAUCCUCCGAAACCCUGGAGCUGUGGGCACCCACAGAGCUGUGUUCUGUGCUGAUACCUUCGGGUGACAGGCCGUCGUCGCCUCGGGGCACCAAACAUUUAUGUCUCAGAGUAAGGUGCAGCUCCCCUCCAGAGGGCGCCCUAUGGCUUGAGCCGGUGCUGAGCCGACGCUCGGCGCCGCUGUGCGGCGCGUCGGCGCUGCGUCGGGCCGUGCCCUGGGAGGAGAUGUUGGCGGGAGAAAUGCUGAUGGAGAUUGUGUCAAGGCUCUCCUGUCGCGAUGUGGCUCGUCUGCUGGCCUGUUUCAAGCAGCCCCAGAUGCAUCAGCCGGCCUGGCACUGCGCCUUCGCGCACGGCUUUCGGCAGGCAUACUUGCGCUACUUUUUGGGCCCACUGCGAAAGCCGGCCACACUGAAUGGCAACGCUGGGUUGGGCAUUCAAUGGCUUGGAGGAGCUUCCCAGAAUGGGAAUUUCACCUUCACGCCCUUCACCCGGGACCCGCUGUCGCCUCGCCUGCCGGGCGCCCCGGGGGCCUCGGGUGCUCGCCCGGCGGCGCGGCAAGCGGCGGGACGCGGGGUGAUGCGCAGUGGACGGAUGGUGGGGAAGGCGAGUGGCCUGCAGUUGGCGGCCUGUUGCACCUCCUGCCGUCGUAGCGAUGCGCAGCUGCCACAGUGGGCGGCCGAGGUCUUCGAUUGGCGACAGAUCUGUCGUCGUUUUUUCCUGGCGCAGUUACCAUACGCCAACGUGAAUUUUCAGCUCUUCAAUUGCAGCACGCCCAAUGGCUUUGUAAAAGAUUCAGGUGAAAUUCUUCAUGUUCCACGCGCCUAUCAUGGGCAAAGUCCCAACUUUCGAUGUGGCUGGAAUAUCCCUUUGAGCGCUGUCCACUUUCAAUCGCAGCCCUCUCCGGUGGUUGUGGCGCAUCGCUCCCCUCUGGGCGUCGCGGGCGUGCCCCCCUCAGUGGCCACGGUGCGCGGCACUGCUGGGCCAGAGCCGACACUGGCGAUGACGCCGCAGGUCUCGGAAAAGGACUCGGCGGUGAUUCUGCCGAUGGCGCUGCCGGGGCAGCUGAAGCUCCAGUGGACCUUGGAGGUGGAGCCGGGCCGCUACUUGGUGGUAGUCACCGUGGGCGAUCGUCACGUGGGCUUUGCAGCCCAUCUGGAGGUGGCUGGACUGCCGAUCUUCUCCGGCGAAUGGGUGGAGGCUGGCACUUUCAAGUCACGAUGCUUGAUCUGCGAGACCAAGUAUGGUGCCAUCACACUGGGUCAGCAUACCUCCCGCGCAUGGUCCGCAGGCCUCCACAAAGACGAGAUGUGCCAUUUGGCAAGCCGACUGGCCUGCGCCUCAGAUGGUCUGCUGGAGACCCUGCAACCUCCAGGCAACGGCAGCUCCGCGGCCAGCGACCCCCCACUGGGCCCGGGACCAACACUGGUGGGACGCACCGCGCCGGACGCGCUGGCCAAGGGUACGCGGCUGGUGUCCAUUCGCACAGCUGCGGUGUCCCUUGCAAGGGAGGUGGAGAAGGAGCGAAAGGCCAGUUUCACCGAGUUCAACGGAAAGAUCGCAGACGCCCGGAUGCGGCUGGACGCGUUGCGUCAAGCCAUGGACGCGGAGAAAGUGCCGCAGGACCGCGAGCAUCGGGAGCUGCACCGUGCGGCGGCGAAGCUGGCGGAGUUACAGGCGCAAAAGGCCUUGAAACUCUUCAGCCUCAUCGCCAGCUCGCGGCGCGUCACGCACCCUUACGUCUACCUAGCCGAUGCAAACGCCACGCCGGCCCCGGCCCAGGGCUGAAGGGCCGGACAUCGGCCGGGCCAGCUCCACUUGUGGCCAAGUGUUGAAGAUCUGUAUCACACACCAUGAUGACAAAACUGAUUUGCAUGAUUUUGGAUGAUUU